GCCUCCGUUGCCGCCGCCAUGGCCGCAACGGAGGCGUGAGGGAUGUUGCCGUGACCAUUGAACGCGAGCAUGACGACGAGAUGGAGCGGAUCAUGGACGAGAAGGCUGAAGUCGACGCCAAGCGCGUCUGCCAGCGAGUGCUUGCUGCUCCGGACCUGAAUUCGGCGCAAGUACGUUCUGUGCACGCUGCGCUGGACGACGCGGCUCGAGCCAUCGACAACCUGCGAGCAGAAUUGAGUACGCCAGCCUCGCACAAGCGUGCGUUGGACUGCGUCCUUGAAGAGCGUGACGCAUUCCUGCAGCUCCAAGUGGCCUUGGACGAAAAGACACGCGAAGUCGACGAGAUGAAGGACCAGUUUGAGCGCAGCGUAGCAGUGGUGCGCACGGCCAUUGGCGGCGCGCUGCCACACGACGCCUCCGCGCACCGCGCCGCCAAGCGAUUACGGCCAGCGUCAGGCGCAGUCGUGCCACGGCCACCCUCACGAGGCAGCCAACCAUAAAAGCAUAUUGUCAUCGCUUUUGUAUGACAUAUUGACGCUGCUAC